AUGUCUAUGGAACCGCCUGUAGGACUGACAGCUAUGCCUGUCACCAAGCUAGCCAUGAUCACGACGCUCGUGGUGCCCUUGAUGGCCUCGAUUGCAAACUACAAGCACAUAUUUCUAUUGCAGUACGACCCCUUCCUGCAGACAUACCACCAGUACUACCGUCUGUUCAUAUUUCAAUUCUGUGCCAUCAACGAGUCAGACACGAUUCUACUGGCGUUGCUAUGGUACUUGUUUAGGCAUCUGGAACGGCUACUAGGAUCACACAAGUAUCUGACACUAAUCGUUCUGUCAUGGGCCUAUACCACGUUGGUGCUCUUGGGGUUGAACCUGGUCUGGAACUCCUUUGUCGGGAAGUUUCCGUGGCUGCAAUGGAACAACUUUACCACCGGCUCGUUGCCCAUCAUUUUGAGUCUUGUGCACUUUUACAAAGAAUACACCCCCCAGAUUUACGAAUGGCAUAUAAGACUACUGGGACCUCGGAGAGGAUCGGCAAAUUGGAAUGAUAACAAGCAAGAGGGCAAGGGCGUCGUACAGUGGAAAAUCAAUGACCAGUUUCUUUUGAAUGGCUUGAUCCUUUUGCUUAUUCUGAAUCAGGGGCUUGCAGGAGUAUUAUGCGGAUUUGUAAGCUGGAUGUGUGGUAUCUUCAUCGAUAAGGGCCUACUUCCGGGGCUAGACCAUUGGCGGAUACCGUUCGUUCUUCAUUGGAUCUCUCAAGGCCCACCAACCAGGACGAACGUCGCUAUGGCUGCCAAUACUGCCACGGAUACAGCAGCAGCAAGAGCCACUGCAGACGCGGCUAUUGCAGCUUCAGGAAGCGCCAAUACAACCACCGCGGGGCCUACAAGCAUGCCAUUACAUGGCUCAAGUACCACCCCCACCAAUACGUCUAAUGCUGGCGAUGAUGAGCCCGGUGCUGAUGAACCUGCAAGGCCCUUGGGGGUCCAAUUCCUGGAUACGUUCAGAAGAUGA